AUGCUUAUCCCUCACUAUCUUCAUCAGCUUCAGCUCUGUGCGAGAAAUCGAACCUUAACCACUGCAAAAUCCCUCCAUGCCCACAUCGUCAAGCUCGGAAUCGCUCAGUGUUGCCCAUUGGCCAACACUCUUGUCAAUGUAUACGGCAAAUGCGGCGCUGCUUCUCAUGCUCACCAGUUGUUCGACGAAAUGCCUCAGAGAGACCACAUCGCAUGGGCCUCUGUUCUCACAGCUCUUAAUCAAGCUAAUCUCUCUGGUAAGACUCUCUCUGUGUUUUCAUCGAGCGGUGGGUUGCGUCCGGAUGAUUUCUUGUUUUCGGCGCUUGUUAAGGCUUGUGCUAACUUAGGAUCUGUUAAGCAUGGGAAGCAAGUUCAUUGCCAUUUCAUAGUCUCUGAGUAUAGUCAUGAUGAUGUUGUUAAGUCUUCACUGGUUGAUAUGUACGCCAAAGGUGAUUUACCUGAUAGUGCUAAAGCGGUUUUCGAUUCUAUAAGAUUGAAAACAACUAUUUCGUGGACCGCCAUGAUAUCGGGAUUCGCUAAAAGCGGAAGAAAGGAAGAGGCUUUGGAGCUUUUCAGACAAAUACCAGUCAAGAAUUUAUAUUCUUGGACUGCAUUGAUCUCUGGUUUUGUACAGAGUGGGAAAGGGCUUGAAGCUUUUUCCGUAUUUAUUGAAAUGAGGAGAGAAAGAGUCGAUAUUUUGGAUCCGUUAGUUCUUUCGAGCAUUGUUGGCGCUUGUGCUAAUUUGGCAGCUUCGAUAGCAGGGAGGCAGGUUCACGGUUUGGUUAUAGCUCUAGGAUUUGAUUCUUGUGUGUUUAUUAGUAACGCCCUUAUCGAUAUGUACGCUAAAUGCAGCGAUGUUGUAUCUGCAAAGGAUAUUUUCAGUAGAAUGCGUCACAGAGAUGUAGUUUCAUGGACAUCGCUUAUAGUUGGAAUGGCUCAGCACGGGCAGGCUGAGAAGGCAUUGGCCUUGUAUGAUGACAUGGUUUCUCACGGUGUAAAGCCCAAUGAGGUCACGUUUGUUGGGUUAAUAUACGCGUGUAGCCAUGUCGGUUUUGUAGCUAAAGGCCGUGAGCUUUUUCAAUCAAUGACCAAGGACUAUGGAAUUCGCCCGUCCUUGCAGCAUUAUACAUGCUUGUUAGAUCUUCUUGGUCGGUCUGGGCUCCUUGAUGAGGCUGAGAAUUUAAUUCAUUCUAUGCCGUUUCUUCCGGAUGAACCAACUUGGGCUGCUUUACUUAGCGCUUGUAAGCGACAGGGACAAGGUCAAAUGGGUGUAAGAAUCGCGGAUCAUCUCUUAGGCAGCUUUAAACUGAAAGAUCCAUCGACUUACAUACUUUUAUCAAACAUCUAUGCAAGUGCUUCUUUAUGGGGAAAAGUAUCAGAAGCAAGAAGGAAACUAGGAGACAUGGAAGUUAGAAAAGAUCCAGGGUAUAGUAGCGUGGAGGUCAGGAAAGAAACCGAAGUGUUUUACGCAGGAGAAACAUCUCAUCCUCUAAAAGACGAAAUCUUUGGAUUGCUUAAGAAAUUGGAGGAAGAAAUGAGAAGAAGAAAAGGUUAUGUUCCUGAUACGAAUUGGAUCCUACACGACAUGGAUGAGCAAGAGAAAGAAAAGCUUUUGUUUUGGCAUAGCGAACGAUCCGCUGUUGCAUACGGAUUACUUAAAGCUGUUCCCGGAACUCCGAUACAGAUUGUGAAAAACCUUAGAGUUUGUGGAGAUUGUCAUGUUGUUCUGAAACAUAUAAGUGAGAUUACAGAAAGAGAGAUUAUAGUUCGAGAUGCAACUAGAUAUCAUCAUUUUAAGGGAGGAAAAUGCUCCUGCAAUGACUUUUGGUAA